AUGACCUGGACAACUGCUCCAUCGCUCAAGGUCUUGGCAUCCUCAAAUUCGAGGCCUUCCAAGGAAGAGGAGACCCCACUGCUCCCUCAAGCCCACCUCCGUGCAGGAUCUCGCAGACACACGCGGCAGACCCUUACUGAGUCAGUCUCCCCAAGCUCAGAUGAGGCUACCCCACCUGGCUCACUGGAGGACACCCCCUUGCUGCUGGAGCUGCAGAAGCUGCCCGGAUUGGCCAACACUGACUUGAGUGCCCCGAACCCCAACAUCCAGGUGACCAUCGAGGUUGUGGAGGAUCCCCAGGCCGAGGUGGAGAUGGACCUGUUGACAGAACCUAGCAACCGAUGGCCCCAGGGUGCCCCCGGCUGGCUGCCCACCAAGGAGUUCUUCUGGCCUCUCUUCUGGGGCUACCUGGAAGGCGAGGAUGCGGAGUCCAAGGCCAGAGCCUCAGAGGAAGAGGAAGAGGAGGAGGAGGAGGAGGAUUACCCCACAGAGUACAGUGAGGGCGAGGACCAGGAGGGCACUGAUGAGGAAGAAGAUGAGGAGGAGGAGCCUGGGUUCAGUGGGGCCGCAGGCAGCUGGGACCAGGGCUGGCUGGCCCCCAGGGACUGGGCUUUCAAGGAGACAGACAGCUAUGACUAUGAGUCUCAAGAGGAGUGGAGCCCCUGGUCUCCCUGCAGUGGGAGCUGCGGCAGCGGCAGCCAGCGGAGGACUCGGCCCUGUGGCUACGCCUGUGCUGCCACCGAGUCCCGAGCCUGUGACCUGCCCCCUUGUCCUGGUUCUGAGGACGAGGUCACAUUGGGCUUCCCCACUGAGGAGUGGCAGCCCCUGGUCCACAAUGCUACGGAUGAGCUUAGCUCAGAUGUGGACAGCUGUGAGAAGUGGCUGAACUGCAAGAGCGACUUCCUGGCCAAGUACCUGAGCCAGGUGCUGCGGGACCUGCCCAGCUGCCCAUGCGCCUACCCGCUGGAGGCCGUGUACAGCGCCGUGAGCCUACAGGACGAGCUCCAGGGCCGCAGCUUUCGGUGGCGGGAUGCCAGCGGGCCGCGGGAGCGCCUGGACGUCUACCAGCCCAUGGCGCGCUUCUGCCUGCGCUCGCUGCUGUCCGGCGAGAGCAGCACCCUGGCGGCGCAGCACUGCUGCUACGACCAGGGCAGCCGGCUGCUGACCCGCGGCAAGGGCGCCGGCACGCCGGACCUGGUGAGCACCGACUUCUCCCCGGAGCUGCACUUCAAGGUGGACACGCUGCCCUGGAUCCUGUGCAAGGGGGACUGGAGCCGCUACCACACCGUGCGGCCCCCCAACAACGGCCGCGCCUGCGCCGACAACCCGCCAGAGGAGGAGUACCUGGCCCAGCUGCAGGAGGCCAAGGAGUAUUAG